ACCCGCCCCAGUGCCCACCCGUAACCACCUCCAAUCUUAUUAUUAUCAUCGCUUAAUAAUCCAACCCCGCGGGAAGUCGCGACACGAGCCAGCAGCGGCGGGAGGAAGCACGACGACGACGCGAGCCACCGAAGCGGAGGAAUCCCAGGCGGGGCCCACCCCGCCGCGGCGCCGGCCAUGCCGUUCCUCUCGACGCCGUCGUUCGACCUCUCCGCCGGCGCCGAGCCCACCCUCGGCCCGCGCUCUCCCCCUCCUCCCCCUGACGCCGUUCACCCGCCGACCCCGCAGCAGGCCGCGCCGGCGUCGGAGGCGGCGGCGCGGAGGCUGCGGGAGGCGGAGGAGCGGCUGCGGGAGGCCAUCCAGGAGCUCCACCGCCACCAGCACGGGGGAGGAGGGGAUGGGGAUGGGGACGGGAAGGGGGUGGAUGGAGAUGAGGAGGGCGGCGGUGGUGGUGGUGGUGGGUGGGGUUGCGGGCACGAGGGGGAGUCGUGCGCGGCGCACGCGGCGGGGAACCUGUGCCAGAGCUUCCUGCUCUCCUACGGCGUCCGGGUCGGCAUCGGCAUCCUCCUCCGCGCCUUCAAGCUCGCCCGCCGCAGAUCCUACUCCUCCCUCCUCGACCUCAAGCAACUGGUUUCGGAGAAAGAUCUAAUAGUGAGGGAGGAAGCUUGCCGGGUAGGAUUACUUUUUGGAGGAUUCACUGGAUCAUAUCAUGCACUUCGAUGUUUCCUUCGGAGAUUUCGGAAAAAGGAAACACCAUUUAAUGCAAUAUUAGCAGGUUCGGUGGCAGGCUUGGCGAUAGUAGCGCUAGAUGAUUCAAGUAGGAGGCGCACCCUUUCUCUAUAUCUUCUGGCAAGGCUUGCCCAGUGUGCAUAUAAUUCUGCAAAGUCUAAGAACAGAUUUCACUUUUGGGGAAGCCAUUGGAGGCAUGGAGAUGCAUUACUUUUUUCACUUGCGUCUGCCCAGGUUAUGUAUUCUUUCGUUAUGAGGCCUGAAAGCUUACCUAAAUCGUACCAAGACUUCAUCCAAAAGACUGGACCAGUUGCGGAACCUGUUUACAAGGCUGUAAGAGAUUGCUGCAGAGGUGGUCAUGUGGAUCUCAUUGGUCUCUCAGCCUAUUUAGCUAACAAGAAGAAUUCAAAUUUGAUAAAUUUAACAAAAAGUCCACCCAUUAUUCCAUGUUCUGUGAUACAUCCUGACAGAGCAUCGUGCUUGGCUCAUAAUGUCAGUGUCUCUUCAUCAACGUUCAAGAAAACAUUCCCUCUGUAUUUCUCAUUGACAUUUGUCCCAUUUGUUGUUCUACGCCUUCAAAAGUUCUUGGAAUCACCAGCUGCAACUUGUUGGCGAGCUCUUGUGGGUGCAGUUCGCUCUACGACCUUUUUGUCUGCUUUUGUUACAUUCUUCCAGGCUGCCAUCUGUUUGCAUCGUAAAGUUGCAACCAAAGACCACAAGUUUGUGUACUGGUUUGCUGGUCUGAUGUCUGGUCUUUCUAUUCUUUUGGAAAAGAAAGCCAGAAGAGCUGAGCUAGCUCUCUAUGUACUUCCCCGCGCAGGGGAUUCUUUGUGGUAUAUAUUAAUCAACCGCCAUCUGCUCCCAAAUAUUAAAAACGCUGAGGUGGCUCUUUUCUGCAUGUGCAUGGGGGGAAUCAUGUAUUUCCUGGAGUAUGAGCCAGAUACCAUGGCUCCAUUCCUCAGAGGACUCAUCAGACGGUUCCUGGCAAGCAAAAUAAGCAACCCGAGCCCACCGCCAAAUCCCAAUGCCUCCUACUCCUACCUUCAGAAGCUGAACGUGCUGGAGCAACCAAGAACACAGCAGGGCCCAGAGAAUGGCCUGACAUCAUCAGAGAAGUACAACCUGGAAGCAAUUCCCGGACUUUGAGUAGAGACGUCGCAUUCGUGGCAGUUUGAGCUUUCUUUGCUUGUACACUUUGAAAACCAACAAAUCCUAACCGUAAAGCAUCCAAUAUGUCAGGAUUUAGCAUCCUUUUGCACGGCUGGUGUGGUGUUAAUAUCUAUACACAAGGAGUAUAUAUAGUGUUCUAUUGUGUCCCUUGCAGAAGAAAAGGUUAAAUAGAGCGCACCAAUUUGUUGGGUGCGGAAUGAUUAGAAGUUCUUGAAUUGCUCUUAUCUAGGCGUUUUUGUGCAUGUUGAGUGUAAGAUACUCGCAACAAAAGGAGCUAUCGUAAUAAACACAGGCAUUCGUUGCUAA